AUGCCUUCUCAAAAGACCCAGCACGGCCGCUCGCUGGUCCCCGGAACAGCAACCGGCAACAUUCUCUGGACCGACACCCCAAUAAGCUUCUACGGCGGCGUCAACCCAGCAACAGGAAUAAUCAUUGACAGGCACCACCAAAUUCACGGCCAGACCGGCCGCGGCUCUUGUGCCGGAAGUGCCGGGAUAUUAGAACUACUCCAUGCCGGAUACGCACCAGCCGCACUAGUAUUUUUCCAACCAGAGCACCUCGUCACCCUUGGUGUCUGGGUCGCGCAGGAAAUAUUCGACAGAUCGAUCCCCGUACUGGUCCUGAGUGCGUCCGCGUUUCUGACACUCCAGAAAAAUGACGGCAGGCGGGCUGUCAUUACCGAGUCGAGUCUUUCAGUUGGUGUAACGACUGAGUCUCGGGACGUUGAGCGUUUGGUUUCGUCUCUACCGCAUAUUCGGGUCACGUUGUGUGAUCUUCAGAUGUGUUGGGAAAAGCUGAAUACCGGUGUAGACGACUCGGUGGCGGUUGCGUCGCUUGGAAACCCCCGUUUUGCAUAUGAGGAGUUUGAAAAACUGUCCAGAAUUUGCCGGGGCUGCAAAAGAUGUCCGCAAACGAGGAUGAUUAUUAUAACUAGCCGGGAGUUUGGCGCGGAGUUUAUCAGAGAUACAUGCUGGUGUUUGGUCGAGGAACCAGUGAUCCCGCUCCACGCAAAGAACCUGAUGAAAUAUUCCGCAAAGUAUGCCCACUAUGGGCCAGUUACAACGAAGCGGGGGAUUCACUUUGAUAGCUUGAAAGCUUAUGUGGAUACGGCUGUAGGUGGAACUAUCGAGCAGGUGAUGCCAGAAUGGCUCAUCGUGAGAUGA